AUGGAUUUCAAACGGGGGAACUAUGCAGAAAUGAAGGGCUCUAGUGACCCCUUGUGGCGAAAGAGUGUCAGUAAAAGGGAGAGACUCGUCCGGAGCCUGACGGUUGUUCCUCCACCGCUGCUCCCCCACCUCCUCCUCGCCCGAUUGAACCCAGAGGACAGUGACCACCUAAUUGGGGGAAAUAUAUAUGGUGACUCAAAAGAGGGCGCCACCCAUUCUCUACCGCCUCCAGGGGUGUUUUGGAGGGAUCGUCUGGCGGCGGGAGAUGGAGAGGGCGGGGUGGCGGCUUGGGUUGAAGGUGCACCCCGCUGCCUGGGCCGCUUAAAGUCCGGCCUGGGUGUGCUCCGGCUCGACUUGCAGGAAGGGGGGGGGCGCUCCGGCCGGGGCGGAACCCAGGCAAGCCCUGCCCGCCGCACCUCGCCGGGCCAAGAACACCCGACGAGAGCCAAUGAGCGGCCAAAGCCGCGCCGGCACCUCCGACGCGAGCCCGGAGAUUGGCGUGGGAGACACGUCAAGUUGAGCCGGGCCGGAGCUGCGGGUUCAGUGUCCCCUCUCGACGUCGGAUGCGGAGCAGCGCACCUCGGAGGGGGGCGUGUGGGCUGCCCCGGCCAUCGCUCAGACUUGUCCGGGGGCGCAGGCGUGGAGAGGGGUCCCGCGAGGCUGGCCAAGGCGCUUUACGAGGAAGCCCGGCGCUCGGCGCUCGAGGCACCCGCUUCCCGGCGCCGGGACGGACAGGCAGAGGCCGCGGAUCGACGGGCGCCUCUCCUAACGGCAUCGGGUGCAUCUGCUAAGCAAACGUACGGCGAAGUGAACCAGCUGGGCGGCGUCUUUGUCAACGGGAGGCCGCUGCCCAACGCCAUCCGCUUGCGGAUCGUGGAGCUGGCGCAGCUGGGCAUCCGGCCGUGCGACAUCAGCCGGCAGUUGCGCGUCUCGCACGGCUGCGUGAGCAAGAUCUUGGCGCGCUACAACGAGACCGGCUCCAUCCUCCCCGGCGCCAUCGGCGGGAGCAAGCCCAGGGUCACCACGCCCAACGUGGUGAAGCACAUCCGAGACUACAAGCAGGGCGACCCGGGCAUCUUCGCGUGGGAGAUCCGGGACCGGCUGCUGGCAGACGGCGUCUGCGACAAGUACAACGUGCCUUCGGUGAGCUCCAUCAGCAGGAUCCUGAGGAACAAGAUCGGCAACCUUUCUCAGCCCGGAGGAGCCUACGACGCCGGCAGUGGCGGCUGCAAGCAACCUGCCCCGCAGCCCACCCUGCCCUACAAUCACAUCUAUCAGUAUCCUUACCCCGGCGCUGCGUCAUCCGCCGGCACAAAGAUGGGCAGCCACCCCGGAGCGCCCGUCUCCGCCGCCCACGUCAGCCUCCCGCGCUCGUGGCCGUCGGCUCACUCAGUCAGCAACAUCCUGGGCAUCCGCACCUUCAUGGAGCAGAGCGGCGCUCUGGCUGGGACAGAUGGCUCUGCCUACCCUCCCAAACUAGAAGACUGGCCAAGUGUGAAUAGGACCACCUUCCCUGCUGCCGGGCAAGGUGUCAGCGCCCUUGACAAAUCAGCAGCGGAAGCAGACAUUAAGUACCCCCAGCCGCCUCCUGGGCUCUCAGCAGUCAGUACCUUCCUGUCCCCUUGCGCCUACCCGUCUUCAAACCAAGCAGUCUACGGCGGGCCGGGAGGAAGCUACCUAAGUCCGACCCAUCAUCACUGGCAGACGCAAGGCAACCCCUUGGCUCAUCACCACGGCCCCGGCGUGACCAUAUACGGGGGAGACCCGGCUCCCACUGUGGCCUUCAAACAUCCCACCCGAGAAGCAUUAGCUCGAAGUGGGAGCCAUUUAAGCCUGGCGCAAUUAUUGACAAUGAUUGACGACGCUAAACUGGUGCGUCAUGCGUGCGUGAAAGUGGCCGGGAAGGGUUAG